CUCAGCGGCGCGGCCAGCCGGCAGCAGCGGGGCGCUCGGCGGGAGCUCGGCGGCGGCGGGGAGGCCGAGGCAGCCGCAGCAGGGAUGAGGGGAGACUCCUACUUGUUUGGAAUGCGAGGCCUCGGGCACUAUGGCUGCAUCCCAGAGGAUGGAGGACAGUUCUUACUCUACUCUAUAAACGGUGACAGCGAUUUAAAGAGAUGCUUUACAGAGGAAGAUUUUCAUGAAAUCAUUGACUUCAACGACCUCCCAAAUUCUCUCUUUGCCUGUAAUGUUCACCAGUCCGUGUUUGAAAGCGUGGACAGUAAGGAAAAAUUUGAAGGCCUGUUCCGUGCCUACGACGACUGUGUGACAUUCCAGCUGUUUAAGAGCUUCAGACGCGUGCGGAUAAACUUUAGUAGUCCCAAAUCAGCUGCUCGUGCCAGAAUAGAGCUGCAUGAAACACAGUUCAGAGGAAAGAAGUUAAAGUUGUAUUUCGCACAGAUUCAGACCUCUGAGACAGAUGGAGACAAGCUUCAUUUGGCUCCGCCACAGCCUGCAAAACAGUUUCUCAUCUCGCCUCCAGCCUCCCCACCUGUAGGGUGGCAGCCCAUAGACGAUGCAACACCUGUCAUCAACUACGACCUCCUUUAUGCAGUUUCUAAGCUAGGACCAGGAGAGAAAUACGAGCUACAUGCAGGAACAGAAUCCACCCCCAGCGUGGUAGUGCACGUCUGUGACAGUGACAUGGAAGAAGAUGAGGACCCAAAGAAUUCUCCAAAGCCAAAAAUCAUUCAAACUCGGCGCCCUGGCCUUCCACCUCCUGUAUCUAACUGAGCCCCCCGGCAGCAGCGGCCCUUCUCUCCUCCAGCACAGCUCUUGGGUUUUUUGUUUGCUUUCUUUUUCUUUUCUUCUUUUCAUUUUCCAAGGCACACAUUGCCUUUUGAGUACCAGGACAAUAAGCUUAAAAUCCCUGUGCAGUAAUCAAGCCUGUGUAACAAAAGGGCUAGGGAAAAAAAAAAAGAUCUUUGUAAUAUGUAACCAUAUCACACACCGACUAAUAGAUUUGCUGGGAAGGACAAAGCAAGGCUGAAGCAGGGAAGGUUUCAGGCUGAGGUUUUGCACAGCUGUAAUUUGCAUGCUGAAACACCACCAGAGGGAUCCUGCAUGGUGGGUGAUGAGGCUGAUAGGCUUAGGAUGCAAAUGCCCAGAACGCUUGCUGUGCCCUUCGCCAAGGAGCCUCUUUUCUGCCCUCGGUUCCCUACAGACCUCGGUCUUUUCCUUUCCUCCUUGUCUCCAAGGGGAAGGCGUGCGUUGUUUUUAAUCUCCUUGCAGCUUGGUGGCCUCGUCACCCCUCUGGAAUUUUCUGUAAGGAAUGCCAUUCCUGCAAGCUUUUUAGGAAACAAGAGGGAAAUGCCCUCUUCAGCAGCACUGUGAGCUGGGCCCUGGUGGAGAUGGGUGGGCUGAGGACAGGCAGCAUUGAGCUGAAGCACUGCCUGCCUGGCAGCCACGGGUGCGAGGAGCAGGAGGGACUGUCACUCUAUCUUCCAUAAAGGCAGGAGUGGUGCUGCUCUCUGAGGUCGAGGAGCCUGGCUGCUCGGCUGCUGGAAGCUCCAGCAGUGAUGGAGGCUGAAUGCUUUCCUGGCCGUGUGUUGGGCCUGAAUCUCACUGAUUACAUGCCUGAGAUCCAGUUCUUUUCACCCCCUUCUCCCCCUUUAAAGCCCUCCUUGAGCUGUAUGCAGUUUGGUUUGUGGAGGUGAGGAGACGUUGGUGUUCUUUUGUUGGGUUUUUUCUUACUUUAUUUUUUUUAGGCCAAAGAAAACAGGACCAUAAUGACACACUUGAAAUUAGACUGCAUGCAACCGAGUUCCCUUUUUUCACUGUCCCGCAUGUUUCUUUCACUUGCAAUGUAUCCUGGGUUACAGAAACUGUUCUGUGUGUCACCGUGGCUGACAGCAGGCAGAUGCUGGGCUCCCUGUCUGCUGCACCUCCCAUGAUGGCUUUUUUCGUGUGUAUUUGUCAUGUUGAGAAGAUAUUUUGUAGCCAUCUGAGCUCAGAUUUUGCAUAUACUUAAGCAUGCGCUUAAUUUAUGCACAUGAGUAGUUCCACUGGAAUUAACACUGCAGAAAAUGGAGCCCACGUGUAAGAUACAGUGGGAUUUUUGAGCUGAUGAGCUGAGCUGUACUCCCCAGAAUGACUACAGAGCGGCGCAGUGAGAUCCCGUGGUUUGAAAGCCUUCAAAAUCAGCGUUCGGAUCUUGGAAGCUCAUCCCAGGGCUGAAAAGUCAGCUCAGGCCGUGCAGUCAGGCUUCUCCUCGUAGCACCAAACGUUCAGCUUCCCAAGGGAGGGCUCCAUUCCACCCCGAGUUCGCACAGAGCCUUCAGGCUGCACCAAGGCUCAGCCCUGUGCUCUCAGCUGAAGGGCAGCUCGUGCUGUCGGCCUCACUGCAUGGAGAGGGCGGCUUCGGAAGGAAGGAUUCACCAUCCUCAUCCACUUUAUCCUCUGACCACCACAGCUCCUCGAUGUUCCUGUUGCAAUUAGUGCUUAUCGUAUCUGUAUCUCUAAUGUGGUGACUGUCAGUACUCUGUGACAUCAUCGUGUGUGUGGCACUCGGAGAAGCACGCUGAAUGCAGAGCCUGGACGAAGACGGGGCGUUCGUGUCUCCAUGUCAGAGCGAAGUUGUCUCCAAGUGACUCUUCAGAGGCCAAUUAUUCAUUUAGUUGAUUGAAAUAAAUAGUUGUUACUUGCUGCCCUGGGACUCCCAUCUGCUGUUCCUAUUGAACGUACCACCAGAGGCCACCUGCGACAUUUCAGGAGGAACAACAGUGUUACGAGAACGUUCAGAUUUCGGAGCUCCUCUGGUUCAAUACCAACAAAAACAGGGAGGUUUGCUGGCAAUGCAUGCUGUGUGGAAGGGAUCUGUGGUCUCAUGGCUUGCCCCAGCUGUGGCUCAGCACCACGCGCUCAUUCGCUCGUUCCCUUCCCUGUGGAAUGGGGAGAGAAUGGGGAACACAAACCAAGCACAACUUGUGGGCUGAGAUAAAGCCAUUUACUAAGGUAGAGCAAAGGCAAACAGUUACGACCAUAUGUACAGAGGAGUGCAUGUAACAGCUGGUGCACAGAGUUGUCACCACCCCAGCAAUGCCCAGCUUGUGCCCAGCAGUGCAGGAGAGCGAGAUGAGCUCCCACCCUCUUCCAAACUCCUUCCACGUGGUGUCAUGGGAUGAAAUACCAUGUGGCCACUGUAAGUCAGCUGUCCUCGUUCCGUUCCCUCCCUGCUCUUUGGGCUCUUUGCUGUGGACAGCCUCAGCUCUGUGCAGUGCCAUUAGCAGCAGCUGUGACCGUCAGGGUGCUGCUGGCAUCUCCUAGAACCAAAACACAGCAUCGUAUCUGGCACUCUGAAGAAAACAAUUCCAUCCCUGCUGAAACUAAGGCAUGCCUGCAUCCUCAGCAAUCAGUCAGUGAUCACGGAUCUGCUCCAGAGCUGAUACUUCAGGUUUUUACAUCCGAAAAUGUCGGAGGCUGAAUUUAGUCAUGACAUCCACGUACCCAAAGCUGGGAGAGAUUUGGUUGUGAACGAUGGAAUUUGGCCUCCAGUGACAUAAAUCUGCCCUGCUUUGGGUCUGAGCAAUCUUUCCUGGAAGUGCAUGUGCAGACAGGUGGAGGAGCAGCUCCAGUGCAGUGGCAGCUCUUGGUCAGCUCUGAAGUGCUCACCCAGGACAGGGUGGAACGCAGUUCUGUUCAUUAAAACCUGGAAGGAGAAAUGCAGUUCCAGGCCUGAUGUAAGUGUGCUCAGCAUCUGUCCCACUUCCACCUGGUCAGCAGGGAUCAGCUGUGCAGGUGUUAGGGAACGCCACCAGGGCAGCUUUACAAACAAGAAGGGAAUCUGUAGGAGCUGCUGCUGCUCUGUGGCACAGCCUGAGCCUGGUGCAGUGUGCUGGGGCCCCCUGCUGCCUGAGAGCACUGCGAGCUGCUGCCAGCACUGCUACAGCACGGGGGGAGGCAGCAUCUUGCAGUCUGCUUUUUUUCAAGUCAAAAGAAUGGAGAAUUUCUGUGGCCUUGAUUUUUGUAUUUAAGCUAAAGCAGCCCCCUCUUGUCAGUGUAGGUGUACACACUUGCACACACAUCCAGCUUCCGGGCUGGACGUGGCUCUGGGCAGCCUGGGCUGCUGGUUGGCGACCUGCACACAGCAGGGGUUGGGACUGGAUGAGCGCUGUGGGCCUUUGCAACACAGGCCAUUCUGUGGUUCUGUGAUUAUUUUCAGCAAGAAAACACAGCAAGAGCAUCCCUUCCUGUAAUGAGAGUACAGACACAGUCACUGCAAAGUGCUUUAUGGCACUGCAGACCAGCCCUAACACUUACAGCUCGCACGUGGCGCAGAUGGAAGGUGUUUUUGUCCUGGUGUCCCCCAGCAGCAGGAAAGGACCUUCUGCCAAAUGACUGUUUGUUCUGUGCACAGCGCUGCUGAGCUGCAGGGCCGAGCACAGCGCCGGGACGGAGCACGACAGCUUUGCCAUCAUACUGUACAUACUUUGGAGAUAUUCUAUUUAGUCAUAUUUUAUAGGAGUGUGAAAAAGCUAUGGGCGAAUUAACCACUUUUACACUUGUAUAAUUCAGAGCUUAGUUUAAAAAAAAAAUAAAUAUGGCAAACGAUG